AUGUCGGACCCCAGUCUCUACACGGUUGGAUGGAUCUGUGCCAUCGAAGCCGAGUACGUUGCGGCACAGAGCUUCCUCGAUGAGGAACAUGACGGUCCCGAGUCCGUCGCGACCCGUGACAACAACGACUAUACUCUGGGGCGGAUGGGCAGGCACAACGUCGUCAUUGCCGUCCUGCCGGAUGGCGAAUACGGCCUCACUUCGGCCGCUACCGUGGCCCGAGAUAUGGUUCACAGCUUCCCCAACAUCCGCGUCGGCCUGAUGGUGGGUAUCGGGGGCGGCGCGCCCAGCGCCAAACACAACAUCCGCUUGGGAGACAUCGUCGUCAGCUCCCCUGGCGACGGAGAGGGCGGCGUGUUUCAGUAUGACUUUGGAAAGGCCGUCCAGAACAAGAAGUUCGAAGUGACACGCCGCCUCGACCAACCCCCACAGGUCGUGCGUACGGCGGUGAGCGGUCUCAAGGCGCAAUACAGGCGGAAGGGUCACAAACUUGCCGAGGCCGUUGAUGGCGUUCUCGCCAACAACACGAGGCUGAAAGCCACGCAUGCGCGGCCGGACCCCAAGUCGGACAUUCUCUACCAGAGCGGCUAUGUUCACAGCGAUCCGAACAGGGACUGUGCCCAGAUCUGCAACGCUUCUUGGUACCAGAAAGUCCGCACUCCACGUUCCGUACAGGAGGACAAUCCGGCAGUCCAUUACGGCCUGAUUGCUUCUGCCAACCAGGUCAUGAAGGAUGCAUCGGUCCGGGACAGUCUAAUUGCGGAGAAGGAUGUCUUGUGCUUCGAGAUGGAAGCGGCCGGAUUGAUGAAUCACUUCCCCUGUCUGGUCGUUCGGGGUAUCUGCGACUACUCGGACUCGCACAAGAACAAGGCGUGGCAAGGCUACGCUGCCAUGGCAGCCGCCGCCUACACCAAGGACUUGCUGGCCCGCAUUGCCCCGAACAAGAUCGAGGCGGAGCGGAAGAUCAAGGACGCCCUGGCUGACGUGCUUAAUGGUGUCGAGAGAGUCGAGGAGGGAGUGAAAGCGGUGGGACUCAAGCUAGACCAACAGGAGGAUGGCGCCAUCCUGGACUGGGUCGCGCCCGGUGACUGGCACCGCCGCCAGCAUACCGAUUACUUGAAUCAAAGACAACCGGGAACGGGCGAGUGGCUCCUGACCUCGGAUUGCUUCCGGGACUGGUUGGCGGCAGAGAGCCAGACUCUGUUUUGCGUAGGCAUCCCCGGGGCCGGCAAGACGAUCCUAACGUCUGUUGUCGCGCAACAUCUCCAGAGCGGGGCCCCGGCCCGAAUGGCAGCGGCCGGAGCCGUCGGCGUCGCUCUCGUCUACUGCAAUGUCGAAUUGCAGCACGAACAAGGAGCCGAGCACCUCCUCUCCAGCAUGCUCAAGCAGCUGACCCAAGGGCUACGCCCCUUACCGGAGUGUGUCAGGAAGCUCUACGAAAACCACAAAAACUGCGGGACUCAGCCGUCACUUGCCGACAUCUCGGGGUGCCUGCGGGAAGUGGCCAAGGGGUAUGCCCGCUCCUUUGUACUUGUUGACGCGCUGGACGCGUACCGGCCUCGCGGUUCCCACGCUCGCGAGAGACUCGUAUCCGAGCUCUUCGGCCUGCAGAGAGAUUGCGGCACGAACCUCUUCUUCACAUCGCGCCGCAUCCCUGAGAUCGAGGAUCUGUUCAGCAAAGCACCGGGUGUUGUCUCCCUCGAGAUCGAGGCGCACAAGGGCGACAUCGAGCGAUUUCUGGACGGCAACAUGUCGCAGCUCCCCAAGUUUGUCGACCGCCGUCCUGACCUCCAGAAGGCCAUCAAGGAGGCCAUCGUCACGGCCGUAUGCGGAAUGUUUCUGCUCGCCAAGCUCUGGCUCGACGCGCUGGCGAAGAUGCACAGCCCCAGCGAGCUCAAGAGCACGCUGGAAACACUCAAGGGCGGGGCCGAAGCCUGCGAGCGAGCGUACGAGGAAACCAUGGAGCGGCGUAUCGAGGACGAGCAGUUCGCCCGGCGCGUCCUGUCGUGGAUCGUCUGCGCCAAGAGGCCAUUGACCACCAUCGAGCUGAAGCACGCCCUGGCGGUUCGGUCCUCCGACACGAGUCUGGACGGGGAGAACGUGCCGGAUACCGACGACAUUGUGUCCUGCUGUGCGGGACUGGUCACGGUCGACAAGGACAGCGACGUCAUCCGGCUCGUCCACCGGUCGGCGUACGAGUACUUCCGACGCCAGGACUCACGGGCGCGAUGGUUUGCCGAUGCCGAGGCCCGCAUCGCCGAGAUCUGCGUCACCUACCUCUCCUUCGACGCCUUCAAAGAGGGGUUCUGCCCCUCUGACCAAGAGUUCGAGGCCCGCGUCCGGUCUCACCCGUUCUACAGCUACACCGCGCGCUAUUGGGGCUACCAUGUUCGCGAGUGCCAACAGUUGGGCGAGAAGGUCGACGUCAACUCGAAGAACGGGACGGGGAGCGUCGGGCGCACGCCGCUCGCCGAGGCACAGAAGUGGUCCGAUCGGAGCGCGUCCCAUUUGCGCACGGCAAAGCUGCUCGCGGAGCGGGGCGGCAUCAGCAAGGAGUUCAACGAGUCGGUCGGGCUGGACUUCGACUUGUCGUUCUUUGACAAGUUGCGGGCGGAUACGGACUCAGAGACCGAUUCGGACGACUCAGAUAUGAGCGAGGAGCAGGGCGGGGAUGAUGAUGCUGAUGACUGA